AUGGCUACGAGGCUCAUGCCCGAUGCUUUUAUGCCAUCGGGCGGCUACGACUCUCUUUCCCUCAAUAAUCACCUCCCGUACCACAACACCUCCAAUAUCCCAUCUCCGCCCAACUCGUACCCUCGAGCCGGAACUCUUCGUCAUCAAUAUCCACAGCACUAUCUUGACCCAUGUCAACAACAUAACCAAGAUUAUAAUCAGAGUCAAUUUCAACGUGGCCGAAUCCCUCCUGCGAGCACUCUAUCAUUCCAGCCCAACGAUUCGUCUCCUCUCUCACUAGAGUCCUUACGAGCAGCCCAGUCUGUUCCGCCCAAUUACCGGCCUUAUCCGCAACAGGCCGACUCUUUUAAUACUUUUGACGUCCGUCCUGCGACAGUAUCUCCGACUCACGGAGGUCCACCUCCCGCUCCCGAAUACCGCUUCCCGGCUUCGUCAACAGCUCCUCUUCCCACCGUUUCGUCAUCAUCUGGACUUGCUGGAGCAUCACUUUCAAGGUCUGUUUCUGCAGACGCCGUGGCUGCAACUCAAUCCUCGCUGCACGUGGUUCAACGCCUCGUGCAGCAGAACCAAUCAAUCCGUGAAGCUUGGGAAGCAGAGCGGAACCACCUCGAAGCCAAUCGACGACGUGUUGAAGAAGUAUAUCAAGAAGAGCGACUCAUCAUGGACGAGGUUCGAGACACCUGGGAGGUUGAGAAGGAGGUCAUGGCCCGAGAAAUUGAAGAACUCAAGGAACGCGUUCAUCGGCUUGAAGGUGAAAACAGUGCGCUGAAGGCCAUGACUGCGCAGAGCAUCCAAGUUACAGGCGUGGUAUCACCUCUCGCGAGUCAGAGAGGCGGAAGCGGUGAGGGUUCCUUGGAUAAUUCCUAUUUUCCUGCUCCACCAGGGCGACUCACGUCAAGGGCACAAAACCCGACCAUCCCAGCCGGGAUUUCCAUGACUGAUGCGUCAUUUCUUCCCCCGGGUCUCGAUGGUGCGUCUCGUCGACCUCAUUUCUCAUCAAGCAGUGCUCGCGUGUCUCCCACAACGCAACCCGAAUCAUCACCUUUUGUCCCCCUCGAUCCCAGAAUGCAGACGCAGAACCCAAUCGCCAAAGACUUCUUACCGUCACCCAUUGAGGAUGUAGCCACGCCUGUACCAGUCAUUGAUGUGCAAGAGAUCGACCCUAAGUUGGAAGGUAUCCCACUAAAGGCUACUGCGGUCCAGAAGCCCACAUUCGCCGCCAGUGCGUCUCCUUCUGAGAACCCAACAUCCCCGGUGACGUCUCCUCCUGGCCCUGCUGCACAAAGCCCGGAGCAAUCACGACGCCCGCUAAAUGUGCGUGGCUCGUCCAAGGAGUAUACGCUACAGGCCCUCUCUGCUGUCGAGUCUCGCCGUCUGACAAUGCACGCGGGCCACACACCCAACCACUCCUUGUCACUGUUCCCCAAAGUCAAUCCGACCGAUCCAGCCUCUAUUGUGGGAGAAGGUGCCACGCCAACCGUUGAAUCAGUUCUCAAUCUUGGCACAGCCGCCACAGAAGGAGAACCUAGAGAUACUCUCACUGUGCCAGUGCAAUCAGACAGGCGCGACUCUAAGGUGUCGUUCGUCUCAUGUGCAGAAGAUUUGGACCCAAAUGCACUGGAUGCGUUGAUGGAACCCAGUGAUGGUGAUAAGCCAUUGAAGGGGCCGCUCAUGCUCAGAAAUAUGCCGGCCAAGGACGAGUUGUUUUGGGAAGAGGUUCACAAGAAAUUGGAACCAAUCAGCCAAGGACUUAACUCGCUCCCCGCUGUCAUGCAGACUGAUGAGAUGGAAUCCAUUGCCGGCCCUUCCAGCUUGAAUAUUCCGGCAGUUGGACCUAAAUCCGUCGGACCAGUUGGUGGCGAUGGAUCUGCUGAUGCCAAAGCGGAAACCGGCCACAGCGAUGGCGAGGGUGGUGGAAAGGCGAUUGAAGCGGACGUUCCGUUGAAACUCAAGAGCACAUCAAAUUUCGGUGCCCCUUUUGGUGCCAUGUAG